UGAAAACGUAUACAUUUGAGGCCCUCCGCCAUUAUACUAUUUCUACCAACAGCGUGUGUACAUUGUGUUGAUGUUUCUGUCAAGAGAUCUGCUUAGCGAAAGACUAGACUAAAUUAAGUUGUGCUAUUUUAGUUUACAAACACAAUAUAAGUAUGAUGUACUUUUUGAAACGUCGCCUCGGGUACCCUAGACCAGAGCCUUACGGUCAUAACAAAAGUGUUCAAGUCAAGCCAGACAAUGGUUGUAACCCCGCCUCUAUGCCAAGUCCAAUGAUUAAGCCUCAAUCUGAUCACGUGAUUUGUGAGUCAUCAAGAGCUGAAAUUUGCCGUUGGAGUAAGGACAACUGCUUCGAUGAGGGAGAGCCUUUGGCUCUAGAGACUCCCAGAAGGAUGGGUUUGUGUGGAAUCUUGAAGCAGAAGGCCGAGAAGAUCGCCGUGUUCAUAGAGCACUUCCAUAACAUCGUCUUUCCCACCCUCUUUAGCAUAAACAUCGCCUGCCUGGUCAUGUUAUUGAUGUGCAUUCAGAUGUCUGAUGUGAAAAUGAAAAAUGUGUGCUCGGCUGACGAGUUAAGUGAUCUGAACAUUAUUCAGGAUUUGAAAAAGAAAAUGGCGAACGGGUUUGACGCGUUGAUUGAUCUGAACUUUAUUCAGGAUUUAAAAAGUAAAAUGGCGAACGCGGUUGACGAGGAUUUAAAAAGGGUAUUGGCAAUCGCGGUUGACGAGUUGAGUGAUCUAUACAUUUUUCAGAAGGAACUGGAGGACAUGAAACAGCACGCCCUAAGCAGCAACACGGGCGUGUCUUGCGAUGACCUCAUGAAGAAAAUCAGGCAGCUUGCACGGGACGGCAAACUGAAGACAUGUAUCCUACAGAAAAUUCUGAACAAGGUCAUGGACAAGGCACCUGGAAACGGUGAUGACAUGCUGCUUGGAUAUCACAAAACUGAUAUGUUAGGAGCAAGCCAAAAUGACUCUAGUCUUCAGAAACUUGAAGUAGACGGCCCUAUCUUUCAUGAAUCACACUUGAUCUCCCUCCAUGAUACAAGGAUGUAGAGAGCCGUUCCUAGCCUUGAAUCUAGCUGUGUAUUGGAUGAUCUAUGCGAACCUCUCUUUGUGAUGAGUACUCGGUCAAUGAGAAAUCAAACGUUCCGUUUCAAAAAAAAAUUGUUAUAAGCCUAUAUGUUCAAUAGUGCAGUAAAUUAAUUUUAUUAAACAUUGCUUAC